AUCGAAGAUGGAAACAACGGUGCAACGAGAAGAGAAGAGAAGAACAAGGAGGAAGACUUGGCAAGCAAGCAAGUCUCAGAUGAACUUGAGAAAAGUUGUUUGACAGAAGAAGAGGAUGUUGACUAUUUGUCUGAUCAGAACAGUAAGAAGCGGUCAAGGGUACUUAAAACAACUUCUGAAUCAGAGAAAAGAAAGAAGCGUAAGUCACGCAAAGAACCUCGUUACAAUAAUACGUCGUCGUUUGAUGACUGGCCUUUUGCUGGUAACGUUAACCCGCAAAAGAAGGCUAUCAAUAUUGAUGAUGAAGACAUGGACAUAAAGUUGGAGAGGUCAUCAGCAUCAGCAUGUGAAGGUUACUUUUUUCCCAAGGCUCAGUUUUUGUCUCAAGUUGGAAUCUAUUCAUUACCAUAUGCAGUCUUGUUUAGGCCUUUGUAUUUGAUUUCAGUUGGGCUCUGUGACUAACUGUGUCAGACUUGGUUCAUGUAUUUUUGUAAUUGGGCUACUAAUCUUUCCAAUCAACCAAGAA